CGACACUACCCUAUCACCACUGAAAAAGCCCUCCGACUCCAAAUCUCUCACUUCUCUCUCCCCUCAUCUUCUCUUCUCACUUUUCGCUGUCACUUCUCUAAUCUGUGGAAUAAAUUGAGAAGAACUGAAAAUGAGCAAGGGACCGGGACUCUUUACAGAUAUCGGCAAGAAAGCCAAAGAUCUGCUGACUAGAGAUUAUCUCUCUGAUCACAAAUUCUCCGUCUCCACCUACAGUGAAUCUGGAUUGGCCCUCACAACAUCCACAGUGAAAAAGGGAGGUUAUUCAUCUGGUGAUGUGGCAGCUCAGUACGCAUAUAAGAAUACUUCUACAGAUCUGAAAGUUGAUACUGAUUCAAAUAUCUCAGCCACUUUCACUGUUGCUGAUAUUAUUCCUUCAUCAAAGACCAUUGCGAACCUGAAAUAUCCCAAUUAUGAGUCCGGAAAGCUAGAAUUUCAGUACUUCCAUCCUCAUGCAUCCCUCACUGCAGCUGUUGGUCUGAACCAAACUCCUCCACUUGAUUUCUCUGUCACCCUUGGUACUCCCACCUUUGCUUUGGGUGCAGAGGCAGGUUAUGAAACCACUUCUGGAAAGUUGAUAAAAUACACGGCUGGAAUCACCGUGACAAAGCCGGAUUCAUCUGCUUCAGUAAUUCUGGGUGAUAAAGGAGAUACCAUUAAGGCAUCAUACAUACACUACCUUGAUGAAUUGAAGAGGAGUGCUGCUGUGGGAGAAAUCACCCGAAAAUUCUCCACAAAUCAGAACACAUUUACAGUGGGAGGAUCUUGCGCUGUUGACAGCCUGACACAAGUGAAAGUGAAGCUUGAUAAUCAUGGUACACUAGCUGCUACUUUGCAGCAUCAGGUCAUUCGCAAAUCUCUCGUGACCAUAUCCAGUGAAUUUGACACUAAGUCCUUGGACAAGACUCCCAAAUUUGGCGUAUCGCUCGCUCUGAAGCCUUGAAAGCUCCUAGAUUAAGCAUCUUGCAUUUGAAUGCUGUUCCUGUUGCAUCGGAAAAAGUUUCCAAGUAGGUUUCCAAAUAAGUACUAGUAUCAGAAAUUUAUUGUUCCCUGCAGUUGACAUAUCAUCAUGCAUUGAUGCACGGGGAAGUUCUAUGAUGUUUUGUGGGUUUUGAACCGCCUACUGUGUCUCUGUCUAUUUAGGCUUUUUGACAUCAGAAAAUAUUCUUUACAUUUAACUAUUUUGGCUCGUUUUACGAAGAGAGAAUGAAGCACGGUUUCAUGCGUUUGAGUA